AAGAAAGCGAUGGCGGCAAAUGAACCAGCCCGCGACCCGGAAAGUUGUAAGAUAAUCUGGUGGAUCAGCAUUUCGGUGACUCUGGCAGCCUGUUGUUUUGUAGCCGUUGUUGUUGUGGGAGUCGUUAUCGCUAAGCCUGUGGUAGAGACGGACUCACUGUCAUUCCAGGCAGCCAACUGUACAACCUUCAAGAUCUACUGGACAGGGAAGACUCCAGGGUGCAAUUGCGGGAAGAACUGCCACUCGUGGUACCCGUGUUACCGGUACCUGGUGCAGUACGUGCCGGCAUCAGGAGGGAACGGCACGGCGCGCCAGGCUGUCAUGUUCGACACCGAGGGCGGUCUGAACACGGGGCGAGCCGCGGGAGAGGACCUUCAGUGCGCUACAAGACCCUGUGACAGAGAUCAUGGAAAGGACGCGUUUGCGAGUUUUAACGCCACCUACGGCGUAGGGCAAACGUACAACUGUCUGUACAAUCCGAAGGACCCAGACUUCGUCAUACUAGGGAGACUGUUUUCGUGGGACGCCAUGUUUCACGGCAUGCUGUGGCCGAGUAUCGGGUUCGCCAUCUUCGCUGUUCUCUCGGUGUACUGGAUUGUCCGGCUGAAGAAGACCGCCGCUUCCAGCCCUGACUCCACCACGACACUGCCCGGAAACAUCGACCAACCGACACAGUAUAGCGGUUUUACAUACAAGUAG